ACUAGGCGUGGCUCCCCCGUACCUGGCCUGCACCGGAGCCUCACAGGGUAUUCGCUCACAUUUUGGGACUGGCAGGACGUACCCAUCCUGAGGAAUUCGGCGCUCUUUGCCCUUAUAUGGGGAUUUUUAUUGUCAGCCAAUGAAGGAGAAGUGGGCGGGGCCCGGGCGCAGACACUGACUCAAUCAGAGGAAACUGACCCAGACAAACAGAAGCGGAGACAGACAGACGGGGCAGUAAGUUUGGGGACAGGACCAGCGGCGGCUACAUCGGAAGGCGUUCCUCAGUAACAGGGCAGCAUGAGCUCUCAGUUCAACAAGGGUCCGUCCUAUGGACUGUCUGCAGAAGUCAAAAACAGGUUGGCUCAGAAAUAUGAUCCUCAAAAGGAGGCUGAGCUUAAAAUAUGGAUGGAAGAGGUCACUGGAAUGUCCAUUGGUCCAGACUUCCAGAAGGGAUUAAAGGAUGGUGUCAUCUUGUGUGAACUCAUGAACAAGUUAAGUUCAAAUGCCAUUCCAAAAGUCAAUGUUUCCAAGCAAAACUGGCAUCAGCUGGAAAAUCUCUCAAACUUUAUCCGAGCCAUGUCUAGUUAUGGGAUGAAAUCUGUAGAUCUGUUUGAAGCAAAUGACCUGUUUGAGAAUGGCAAUAUGACCCAAGUGCAAGUUUCUUUGCUGGCCCUGGCUGGAAGGGCAAAGACCAGAGGUCUUCAUAGUGAUGUGGAUAUUGGGGUGAAAUAUGCUGAGAAGCAACACAGAAAUUUUGAUGAUAAUGUAAAAAAGGCUGGGCAGUGUGUUAUAGGGCUGCAGAUGGGGACAAAUAAAUGUGCUAGCCAGUCUGGCAUGACUGCAUAUGGGACAAGAAGGCAUCUCUAUGACCCAAAGCAUAAUAUCUUGCCACCUAUGGAUCAGUCCACUAUAAGUCUUCAAAUGGGAACCAACAAAGGAGCCAGCCAGGUGGGUAUGACAGCUCCAGGAACACGAAGACACAUCUAUGAUACCAAAACGGGUACUGAGAAGUGUGACAACUCUACCAUGUCACUGCAGAUGGGAUCUAACCAAGGAGCCAAUCAAAGUGGCCAGAUUUUUGGUUUGGGGCGGCAGAUCUACGAUCCUAAAUAUUGCCCUAAAGGCAAUCCUGAUGACCUACCGGAUCAGGAUCAAAAUGAACAGCAACCGUACAAUUAUAUUCAUGAACAGGACUUUUAGAUGGGUGCACAAUAUAAUCUGCAUUCCUUAUCAGACCAAGCUGCCUUCCUCCCCAGUGCCUUAUCCCCCUCCCAAAAAUGUAGACUUUUUGUAUUUGCUGUUGAAGAGGUGUGUUUUUUUUGUUGUUUUUUUUUGUAGUAACGCAAAAAGGUUCAAAUGAUACAAGUAUAUAAUACUGCCAUUUUGUAUAGAAGUAUGCUUAUGACCCAGUAAGUGCCUUACAGUUCUCAGGGGAGAUAGUAUUAGCCAUACCUAUUUUUGUGAAGCCUAGAAAAAUAGUGAAUUCUCUAACCUCAAAAGUGUUUUGUGGAGCUAAAAACAUGCUCCUCUCCAAUGUAGCUAAUCCUUUUGGGGAUGUCCACUCAAGGUACCCAAAGAG